UCGGCGUUUCAUUCACUGUGGCGGUCAAGUGAUCUUCCAAAAAUCUCCGUGAUAGCGGCGGCUAUUUAUGGACACGGGCAGGUCACCCCAUCAUCGCCACGCGGGCAACGCGGCCAAACGUUGAAGUGUACUGACCCAUGCGGGGUACAAUUGCGCGGCUGAGUCUCUGCACUCUGUCACACGCUUCAGUCUCAGCACCAGUGGAGCAGCGUUGCCAAACUUACUCAUUCAAUCAGGAUGUUGCUUCUCAAGCAGGUGCUACUCCUCGGGGCGGUGUCCCUCGUCUCUUCAGUCCGUGCAACGCUGGACUACGAAGAGGUCCUCUCUGCGAUCCCGUUCAAGGGUGAUUCUAAGGCGGGAAAGGUAUACGAUCAGGUCAUCGAGCAGUUCUCCGCCGAAGCCAUUGAGAACCGACACCUUUUACACGCCCGCAUCUCAAACCUAUUCCCUGACUCCGCCGUGACGGUCACAUCGGAUCCCGAAUUCCAACUUCUGCCUUAUGCAGCGUCGGUCCCAGACAGAAUCAUCAUCAGAGAGAAAGAGGAUGUGCAGGCGCUCAAGGAUGUUGUCUUUUCCAGAGCGCACCGUCGUCGCUCAGAUACGAGCAGCGUCCACGAGUCAGUAAGAUUUGCCGGAUAUGAUAUCGAAUGGCAGGAUCAGUCGCUCCAGGCCUUCAUCGUCGCAUGGCACGAAGACUACAGCCUUUACGUACAGUGGCAUCUCAUUGGUGACGCCAGUGCCGCACACGAUCUGAUACGUGAAUGCUCAAAAUGGACCGCCGAGCCUCAGAAUGUCAUUUGGGUCUUCAACGAUGGGUUCUGGCAGCCUGAUGCAGCGCUGUGGACCGCAGUGCAGAAGGCCUCGUGGAGUAGCGUCAUUCUUGAUGAAGAGUUCAAAGACCGCUUGAUCAACGACUACAGAAGCUUCUUCAAAAGUGAAGAGACGUACAAGAGCUUCGAAGUACCUUGGAAACGAGGUCUGAUCCUACUCGGUCCCCCCGGGAACGGCAAGACUAUCAGCAUCAAAGCCAUCAUGAAGGAUGUGGACGUUCCCAAGCUCUACGUUAAAACAUUCCACACCUGGCAAGGGGAUGAAGUGGGCAUCCGGGAAGUCUUUCAGAGAGCAAGAGCAGAAGCACCAUGUGUGCUCGUCCUCGAAGACCUCGACUCCUUGAUCACGGACAUGAAUCGGUCUUUCUUCCUCAACGAGGUGGAUGGUCUGGAGGACAACGAUGGAUUGCUCCUGAUCGGCACAACUAACCACUUUGAGCGUUUGGAUCCGGCAUUGUCAAACCGACCCUCGCGAUUUGAUCGCAAGUACAAUUUUGGAAAUCCCUCGUGGGCUGAACGACGCAAAUUCGCCUUGUUCUGGCAGCACAAACUUUCCAAGAAUAAGCAGAUCGACUUUCCUGAUAGUCUCGUGGACAAAGUCGCAGAUGGCAGCGACAAUUUUUCCUUCGCUUACCUUCAAGAAGGAUUUGUCGCGUCACUGCUGACUUUGGCAGGAAUCGAUGACCCCGCGAGCCGCCCAGAAUUCGCUACGAUCCUCAUGAAGGAGAUCAAUAAAUUGAGAGAACAGCUGAGACAGGGUAAUGACAAGUCGUUUGACAACUCGACACUAGGCUUCGAUGGUGAAAGCGGAGGCAUUGGAGGGGGUGGAGGGGCUGAUCCGCGUUGGUUGAAGGAGUUACAGGUUAUGCGAGGUUUACAAUUCCCCGUUGGUCAAGUUCAAUUUGGAGGUCUUCUUUGAGUCAGUAUCGGAAUCAGACCAGGUUUAUGCAGCGAAACAUCAGUGGGUGUCUUGUAGCUGCUGAGAAUGCAGUGGUAUUCACCCUAUGGCAUGGUCGUUUAUUUUCGUUGAGCUGAAUCUGGGUGUACGACAUCCGAGCCUGAUAUUGCUCGAGAGUCUACUGUCAAAGUGAGAUCCAUCGGACCUCGCUAAUGAUGCCAAAUCUUUCCA